GACCAUGACGAGGGCAAUUUGAGAAUUAGGAGCGAAUGCUCUCAACUUGAUUUCGUUACCCACAGCUCGUUAAUAGACAAGGUUCUGGUCGGAAUCACUGUUAGCUGCGUCUCAAUUAGGUCGUGCUUUCCUGUUGGAUCUAUUGAUCGGCUUUAUGUCUUGUUUCUUUUCUUCCCUCUCCAUUCCGCCAUAAGUAACUCAAAUAAAAAGCACACCCUGCGGGUUCGGUCGCGAGAGGCUAUGCUCAAGUGCAUCAACCAUCAUCGGGCCGACCCACCUCUCCCUUUCAUCCCACCGCCGUCCAGUCUUUAGUAUCCCAGACGAGUUUGGACAUGUUUUUGUCAAAGUUUAAAAUUAGUCGAACACGCAAUCAGAAAUCAUGACUCCACAGUGUCGUACGAUUGAUUAUCUUGGUUGCGUUGCGCAGCGAGUGCUUCAAAAGCCGACCGGAGCCUCUCCGAAAUGGACCGUCUGCGCAUCCAGGUAACACGUGCAUUGGAGGUAAGGUGGCGCAAAUGUGAGUCCAUUGGGCCACGAGCGCUCUCGAUAACAUUAGCGAAUAGGAAAUAUAGACUUGCUUGCUGAAAAUAGGGCACUAGCUAUGAACGCACGUUAAAGCAGAAAGCCACACCUGCGUAGCAACUGAACGGCAAAUCUUUAGUAUAUCUGCAGUGCGGCUUCUGGACUACAGGGGAGAGUCAACUGUCGCGUCGCGACCUAUCCCUCCACGCGGCAUAUGCAUGCAUACAUGCAAGCCCAAAACAAACAAGGAAACUAUUAUGCUUCAGCUUCGCAGUAACAUGUCUCCAUCAAUGCAUCCAAAACCCGAGCGACUGGGACCCAACAGUUUCCUUUUCUUCCUUUCUUUCCUUCUUACUUACUUGUACACACACUCUCUUUCUCAUCUGCGCUUGGCUCUUCCCCUCGGCACACAUCUCAUUCGGCGGUGUGUUUGGCGCUGCAGCGUCUGGGGCUUGCUAGCAUCCAUAUUUACUUGUGGAUAG